UUGUUUUCAAAACGUUUUCCGUCGUCGCUGUUUUUCUCGAAAAAUUUGUGAAAAAGUGCUGCGUUUCCCCGGAAAAUUAAAGGAAAUCUUCAACGUUUUUACUCCGCCCGGAUCCUGCGAUGGGUUCCUCCAAGAAGCACAAGAAGGAAUCGAAGAAACACAAGCGUCGCUCCCGGAGUCGUUCCCCGCACGAAAAGCGUAGCCGAUCCUACUCGUAUGAGGAGGUUGAGCAGCAGGAAGAUUACCAACAACCUUCGGCCGAUUACGAACAGCGCAGCAGACAUCGCCGGGAUGAGGAAUCUGGGGGUGAGCGAACGCAUCGGCACAAGAAACACAGCAAGAAGGAUCGGGCUCCGGCAGUGCCGGAAGAAAAAUCCCGGAAACGGCAUCGGUAUGAGGAAGAGUCGGGUGGCGGUACCAGCCAGGGUGUGGGAAAGAGUCGGGAUAGAGAACGUAGACGGGACCGGAAGUAUCAGGAAGUGGACGAAGAUUCCGACAGCUCAGAUUGUAUCGAGGUUCCGGUUGAUGACAGCAUCCCACCUCCACCGCCACCAAUUACUCGUCGAGUCGCAACUCCAGAGCCGGAGCCGGUGAGACCAUCGCGCCCUGUACGUCGAUCACCUUCGCCGAUCGUUAUUGCCAGUCGCCGGAAGUCUCCUUCGCCUCCGAGAAUUGCUCCUCCUCGUAGAAGAUCCCCUUCGCCUCCGAGAAUUGCUCCACCUCGCAGAAGAUCCCCUUCACCUCCUCCGCCACCGGAUGUAUCAACUUUCAGACGCAGGUCCAGUCCCAGUCCUCCUCCACCGAUUAAAAUAUCUCGCCGUAGAUCCCCUUCGCCACCUAAACGGCAGAAAUCGAUGUCUCCCAUUCCUGAGAAUGGUGCCGGCGAUUGUUUGUCCAUCGAAGAAACCAACAAGCUGCGUGCAAAACUGGGUCUCAAGCCACUGGAAACGGGACCUUCUGAAAAUUCAACUUCAGCGUCUGCUUCAAAACGGGACGAAGAUGAGCCGUCCUCCACCAAAAAGGACAAUCUGAUCAAAGACGACUGGGGCGAGUUCUAUCACAAACCGGCCGCUAAUCUGGCGGAAAAGACUAAGGAAAGCAAAAUUCGAGAUAAGCUGAAGGAACGGAAGGAAAAACGCGCUGUUGAGGAAAAGUUGAAGAAGGUCAAAACACUCGGAGAGGACGAUGAAGUGGAUGAUUUAAAAAAUUGGGUCAGCCGCAGUCGAGAUAAAGAACGCCUCAAAAAGGAAGCUGAACAGAGAGCCAAGUUGCUGGAUCAACUGGAUGAAGAAUUCGGUGUCGGGGAUCUGGUCGAUCAGGAAGUAAGGCAAGCGAAGAAGAAUGCCUAUCGUGAGAACGAUUUGCGUGGCUUGCGCGUAGAGCAUGACGUUGAAGAGUUCAAGGAAGGUCGCCAAGUCAUCCUUACCCUUAAAGAUGCCGCCGUCUUGGACGAAACAGAAGACACCCUGGUAAAUGUCAACAUGAUGGACGAUGAACGCUACAAGAGAAACAUUGAAAACAAGAAACAAAACCCGAACAACUACGGCUAUGACGUGUACGAUCAGGACGAUGUGGACGAAUUCGGAAUGCCCAAGGAGCGGAACGUACUCGGCAAGUACGACGAGGAUCUCGAUGGGCGGAAAAAGAAAUCCAGCUUCCAGUUAGGUUCCAAUGCCGAACACGAAGCGGCCGAAAAACGAAAGCAGCUGGAAAUCCGGGCCAAGUUGCAAAACAAGAAGCUCGAGUCGCUCAACACUGCGGGGGCGCUGCUGCUGGCUUCGGAUUACCUGACCGAAACCGAAAUGGCAUCCUUCAAAAAGCCGAAAAAGAAGGUUCGUAAAGUUCGACAGAAAUUGCGAGCUGAUGAUUUACUGGCGUCGGUCCCGGGAGCAUCCUCAAGCCAAGAUUUGGGUUCCCGAGCUAAUCGCCGGCAGGAUGGCCAACCGAGACAUGGAGAACCGGAACCCCCAGCUCGGAAUAGACGUCGGGAUCUGCUGCUUACCGAUGAUACACCGGACUUUCAGGAGGAUUUGUCAAACAUCCGAGUAGAGGAAGACGACGAAGAUCUGCAAUCGGUCCUUUCGAAGGCUCGACGAUUGAAACAGAAGGAAGCAAUCAUUAGCAAGGCCCUACCUAUUGAUCCCGAACGAGUCAAACAGGAAAUCAAAACUGAGGAAGACUCGGAGGAAGAUGAACCGUCGUACGGUGAGCGCACCAAAGAUGGCGGAAUUCUACUGAACGCAACCUCCGAGUUUUGUCGCACCCUCGGCGAUAUUCCUACUUACGGUUUGGCGGGAAAUCGGGAGGAAGAUGCAGCCGAAAUAAUGGACUUUGAACAGGAAGACAACGAACGGGAAAGCUCCCGAUUUGAAAGACCCGAUCGAUCCGGUGCAUGGAACUCUGUUAACCCUGAAAAAGAAUAUGAUGAUCAAGCUGGACCAUCUGGGGAGCCGGUUGACGAAAUUGCAAUUUUGGACGAAGAACCGGAUGUGGCUUCGAGUGUAGCAGGUGCUCUAAAACUUGCAGAAUCCAAAGGCUAUCUCGAAAAGGAAGAUGCCAACAGGCCGAGCAACGCCAGAUUUGCUCAUCUACAGGCCCAAAAUUACUCUAUUGAAGAUAAGAACUACGGAGAUGAUGACAAGUAUAGCCGAAGGGAUCGGUUCAGCGGUCCGAUUAUGGAUUUCCGGGAAAAGGAAACAUUCAAGCCUAAUGUCAAACUGGAGUACAUCGAUGACAGUGGCCAUCUGCUAACGCCGAAGGAAGCGUUCCGUUAUCUUUCUCACAAGUUCCACGGCAAAGGACCGGGAAAAAAUAAGGUUGAAAAGCGGUUGAAGAAAAGUGAACAGGAAGGGCUAAUGAAAAAGAUGAGCUCGACCGAUACCCCUCUGGGGACGCUAAACAUGUUGCAGCAGAAGCAGAAGGAAACUCAAUCACCAUUCGUGGUCCUCAGUGGAACGAAACAGAACACCAGUAUCGUUAAGCACAAGCGUUAGGUCGCUAUGUGAACUAACCGAUCCACGGGGAUCUACUGAUAGUCACGUACAAGGUAUAUUUGUCUGCAAACUAACACUUUGAUAAGCUUAAUCACUAGAACAGCUUACAGAAAAGAUGUGAAAUCAAUGCCGAUAGGGGUCAUAGUAAUUAUCAAUACAGCACUUUUACAGUAUGCCGAUUUUCUCAGCAACGAA